AUGUCAAUCGAAAACCUCAAGACCUUCGACCCCUUCGCCGAAGCUGACGAAGACACCGGCGAUACAAAACAAUCCCAAAAUUAUAUCCAUAUACGGAUCCAACAGCGCAAUGGUCGUAAGACCCUGACAACUGUUCAAGGUCUCCCUAAGAAGUUCGACCAGAAGAAGAUCCUCAAGGUCAUUAAGAAGAAGUUCGCUUGCAAUGGCACCAUCGUCAACGACAGUGAGAUGGGCGAGGUGAUCCAGCUCCAAGGGGAUCAGCGCAAGGAUGUCCAAGAAUUUUUGGUCGAUAAGAAGGAAGGGCUCGAACUCGACGCCAAGACCAUAAAGGUCCAUGGGUUCUAA